UUAUUAAUAAACUGUUGGCACUAGUUUUGUUGUCAGUUACUAGCUGCGUACGGCUAAUAAUAAGAUGCGACUGGUCUUGCUUAAAUCAUGACACAAAUCCAAGUAUUUGUGCACAACAUUAGUGUUAUUUGCUGUUUUAUUAUCUAUCCUUAGCUUUUAUUUGUUUGAGAAUGCUAAAUUAGCUAGUUUGCUUUUACGUAAAUGUUUUCGCAAGCCACGUAGCCAGUUAGCUAGCUGACUUGUCUCAGCUGGUUUCUACUGUUGUUAUGGAUGAGGAUUUUCUGCUUGCCAUUCAACUGCAGGAGCAGUUCAACAGUGAGUACGAGACCUCAUUGUUUUCAUCAAACGGCUUCGAGGAUAAUGACUUCGGACACAGCAGUAAGAAACGUAGAGUGGAGGAAACUGGAGGUGGUAGCGAUGUUGUUCCCAAACGGAAGCCGGCUCCACAGUCUGAGCGACCGCUAAGCAUCGUGGACGAAUCCUGGGAGAUGCUGGACCCCAGCCCAGAUGUCAGGGCUAUGUUUUUGGAGUUCAACGACAUGUUCUUCUGGGGGAAGCUCAGUGGAGUGGAGGUGAAGUGGAGCCCCAGAAUGACAUUAUGUGCUGGUGUGUGCUCUUAUGAAGGCCGAGGCGGGCUGUGCUCCAUCCGACUCAGUGAGCCGCUACUAAAGCUUCGACCCAGAAAAGACCUGGUGGAGACCCUUCUCCACGAAAUGAUCCACGCUCUCCUGUUUGUGACUCAGAACAACCGAGACAGGGACGGCCAUGGACCCGAGUUCUGCAAACACAUGAACAGGAUCAACAAGGCCAGUGGGACGAAUAUUACUAUCUACCACACCUUCCACGAUGAGGUUGACGUGUACCGGCAGCACUGGUGGCGAUGCAGCGGGCCCUGCCAGAGUCGUAAGCCUUACUUUGGUUUUGUGAAGAGAGCCAUGAACCGGGCUCCGUCCUCUCUGGACCCUUGGUGGGAGGAUCAUCAGAGAACGUGUGGUGGGACUUAUACCAAGGUCAAGGAGCCUGAAGGAUAUGGCAAAAAAGGCAAAAAGGAAGGGAAGAAGGCUUUAGGAAAUGGCAAGCCUUCAAGUACAACUACAGGUUCUGGGUCACAGGAUAUAAGGAACAUCAUCCCAUUUAGUGGGAAAGGUUUCCUUCUGGGUGGGAAGUCCCAGAAUUCUGUGUCUUCCUCAACAUCUCACACAGUCUCAGUUCCUGUUGUGAAAACACCUUUACCGUCCUCCAUCUCCUCUCCGAAGAAAUUCCUCACCCCCACGUCUCCAGCCAAAAGUGUCACCUCUCCAGCUUCCUCUGGUCUGUUUGAUCAAACUAAAGGAAUCUCUAGUGGUCUAACCUCCAUCAGACCAGCUACCUCCACAGCAGGAAAGCCACCUGUAAAGAGGUCUGUCGGCAACACAAGGGCUUUUGUCAACAUCAAUGGCUCGCCUGUAAAAAUGCCAAAAUCCCAGUGCAGCGGUGGGGGCCAGGGAGCAGAUCAGACCAAACAGAAGUCCAUUCAGGAUCUUUUUAAUAAGACAAGCCUCAGGAAGCCAGGGAGUCAGGCCUCUAUCGCAAACACAGAGACUAAAACGGAUGCAGUGCUGUCACCAAAGAUUCUCUCGACCUCAUCUUCCUCCAUAUCUACUAAACAAAAUAACCACUUGACUUCCUCUCCCUCUGCCUCUGAUCCCAGCUCUAAGUAUUCACCUCUGCUUUCUACAGCUUCCCACGGCAACACCACAAAACCAACUCAGUCCAAGUAUUUCAGUGAUGGAAGUGGCACCACAUCAGGGGCUACAGGUGGAGGUCAGACCUCGAGGAAGAGGUCGUGGGAUGAUUACAGCAGCUCAGCCAGCAUCUUUGAUUUCUUCCAGAGGACAGUAGGCAGCGAAUCGGCAGCGUCAAGGGAAUCAAUAAAAACAAAAUCACCUGCAAUGCAGCAAAAUGCCAUAACCAACACCACUUCAUCCUCCACCUCUACUUCUGUUCAGUCCUCUGCAGGACUGCACAGUGGUGCCUCCUCUUCCUCAUCUUCCUCCUUUGCACUGAUGGUCAGUUGUCCUGUGUGUCAGACAAAGGUGCAGGAGUCAAAGAUCAACGAGCAUCUGGAUUCCUGUCUCUCCUGAAGGAGUUUUUAAAACAACCGACUUUUAAAAAAGGCAUGAAUGCCUGGCAGCAUCUGUGCCUUAACUGCACCAACAGAACUAAUUUAUAGUUAAUGUGAGGUUCAUGGUCUCCUGUUGCCUUUUAUCAUACAGGGUUUUCCAGAUUUGGGUCUCCAUAAACACUGAACUGUGUUAAAAAUCCGUGACGAAAGCUUUGCAGUAAAGAGAUUUGAAGUUUUCUCUUUUUUGUAAAUAUACAAAUUCUGAUUUAAAUUCAGAAGCUGCUGUUUUGUGUGUUCAGCUUAUUUCAGCCCCUGAAGGUGGCUUGGUUGAGUUGUGGCUGCUGUAAUUUGAUGAAUCUUCCCCUCAGGAUCUGCAUCGCCUGCCCUUCAGUCAGCAGGAGACACCGACUGAUCUCUGCUGAUCUGUGGGAAUCAGAUUUCACACUCGUUAGCUUUUUAUUUCUGCUCGUCUUCAUGUUUACUCUGCACCAAGCUGCAGGUCGCGCUCUGCAAGGGCAUCUGAUUGUACACUGAUUUAAAUCAUGUUUGUUAACCAGAGACAUCUGCAGCUGAGAGAAUGAGGAUGGGAAUUUUAUUACGUCUUAGAAAAUGUUUGGAUUUAAAAUGCUUUAUGUUUGUUCUUUUAUAUGUUUUCUAAAGGAAAUUUUAGGAUUGUUAUUGCCAAAUAAACCUGUUUUUCUUGC